GGAGAAGUUGCUAUUGCAGGGGGCUACGUGGACAUAGUACCAGCCUUGGAUAAAUCUUCUGCUCGGGAGCCUUUGAAGACUGCAGGGCUGCAGAGUGACAUUGUGUUUGAAGAAAUUGGUCGUCGCAUAAAAGAGAUUGGAAAUGAAUUGGUAAAGAGAGUAAAUGCCAUAUUCCAAUGGGACAUCACUAAAGAUGGAAAAACAGUAAUGCAGUGGACAAUUGACUUAAAGAAUGGCUCUGGAGCAGUGUAUCAAGGACCUGCAAGAAGUUCUGCUGAUACCACCUUCACUCUCUCGGACGAGGAUUUCAUGGACGUGGUACAACAGAAGACAAACCCCCAAAAGGCAUUCUUUUCUGGUAAACUGAAAGUGAAGGGGAACAUCAUGCUGAGCCAGAAAUUGGAAAUGAUCCUGAAAGAUUAUGCCAAACUCUGAACUGCUUGAUCAUCUACCACAGCAGUGAAGAACUUCAGAAGACAGAAAUUUCAAUUAGUUCAGAACCAAUGACUGAAACAUUCGCAGGCUACUUAACAUCAGUGUACUGAUUCAUUAUACUGCUAAUAUACAAGCUGUUUAAUUGCUGUAGACAGAAAGUUAUUAAAUGAAUGUAACUGUUAAUAUAAUCCCUUUUUUAUUUCUCAGCACAGGUAGAGAAUCACACUUUUCUCAUUGCAGACGUUUAAAUAAAAUGUAUGUAGUUCUUACAAAGAUGCAUAUAUUUCUAUACUAAUUCUGAAGAAAAUUAAACCAAUACACCUCUCUGAUAUCUC